GUCAAAAUCAGGUGUCUACACUCCACUGUCAUUUUGAAACGUCAAAUAGGUUAUGUUUGUAUAAGACUCAAAUAUUUAAAAUGGAUUGUGGCCAAAGGUUAAAUUUCUUAUGAGUUUUGAUAUGAAGUAACAGUGCAUUUGGUAUAGGCCGGCCCUCCUCCGUCUGUGUUGUUUGAUAUGGAUGAAUUUAAGCUAAGAGCGGGAGAAAAAAUCGGAGCUUUACAUGAAGCAGCUGUAGUAGCUGCUAAUAGCAGCAAAAACAGAUUUCAGGAUGUAUUCAAUCAUACAGCAGAUGCAAUCAGAAGAAUACGAGAAGCUUUCUUUGAUUUGUGGGACAAUGAAUUGGUGACGGAGGGCAGGGCUCGGGCUCUGGCCUGGGCGCGGGAGGCCGCCCGCAGGGUACAAGAGGGUGCUCCACCGCUCUCUCCCAUGAUACUGUAUGAGGAACUGGUGACCCUUUUGAAAGAUCAUGUAUGGCGUCGUAGUAUGAUAAUCUUCGUCUGCGGUGCGGCGGUCGGUGGAAGCGCAGGUCUGGUCAUAGGCCUGCGAGCGAGCGCCCGAGUGCCGAGCGGACCGCAUGCCAGGGCGCUCCACACGCAGACCGACCAAACCGUCAUCCUGGUAGAGGAUGCCGUAUCGCCAGGCGCGGGCGCGGGGGAGGUGCUGGUGCGCGUGCAGGCGUUCAGCGUGUCGGCGGCGGACCGCAGCGUGCUGCGCGGCCGCGCGUCGGCGCUGCGCUCGCUGCUGGCCGCCUCGCAGGUCACCGUGGGGAGAGGCUUCGCGGGUGUAGUGCUCGACGUGGGACAAGGCGUAAACGACUUGGAAAUGGGUGACGAGGUGUGGGGCUGCAUCAGCGAGUGGAGCGGAGGCGCCGCCAACGAGCUGCUCGCUAUUAGAAGCACUCGAGUGAGCAAACGUCCGCGUCACCUCGCCGCGGACACGGCGGCGGCGCUGCCCUGGGUGGGCUGUGUGGCGCUGGCGGCGCUGCGGCGCGUGCAGUACCGACCGGACUCCAGCAAGGGGAAGCGGGUGUGCGUGGUGGGCGCGGCCAGCGGGGAGGGCUGCGCGCUGGUGCAGCUGCUGGCCGCGUGGGGCGCCCGCGUCACGGCCGCCGCGCCGCGGAAGUCGCAUCGCGUCUUAAAGGACCUCGGUGCACACGAGCUGGUUGAAUUGGAAAGCAACGCUCACACGAGUCCGUCGUGGCUGUCUUUAGAACAAUAUGCGAGUCGCCGCGGCCCGUGGGACUGCGCCCUCUGCUGCUCGGGUGCUCCGCCUCCACCCUCACCCGCGGCUUCUGCGCUGCUCAAAGCAACGGCCCCACGAUACGCUUUGUUGGAUAUUCGACCGAAGCCCUUACUGACUGACCGCUUGCCAACACCCUUCUGGGUGAUAUUCUCGGCUUCCUUUUACACCUUUAGGCUUUUGAGGUGGAUAACUGGAUGCGGAACCCACACAGACUGGUUGGAGGAUAAGAAUCAACUCCGGGAAGGUCUCGACAAUCUUCGACUUCUCGUCGAUUCUGGUCAGCUUUCACCUGUGCUCGAUAAGGUCUACCUUCCUCAGGACUUUGAGUCCGCGCUGGCGCACGCGUGCGGAGACGACGCCGUCGGGACGUCCGUGGUGAGAUUCCCGUAGACUUC